GCGACACUUCCUGCUUGUUUUGCGGCAGUGAGGGGCACGCGCUUCAUGAUUUUGGCUGUGAUGACAGACCGAUUCACUCACAUAUAUUCUUCCGCCGGGUCACAAACACUGAACACAAACAGCCACAGUCCCUUAGCGUAGCAGUAAAAUCACAAUUACCGACACAAACAGACUUACGUUGCUGUGAACGUCACCUCCGUGUGACCGUGAAAAUAAUGUCAGUUUGUUUGCGCGUCAGUUGGCGUCCUGCGGGCCCUAUUUGCGCGGACGCUGACGGGCGGUGUGUCGGUCGCUGCCAAACAUGGCCUCUAUGGCGGAGCGACAGCUUCAACUUUAAUUUCUGCCGGAAUCUAUUAGAAGAAGAAGAACAACUUUAAUUUUCCGUCAAUUUUCUGCGGACAAACUCUGAUUUUCGUUCUGACUGCGGAUGGGAAUGUUCGCCGGUGGAACGCGGUGGCGUGAAAAGGACGCUAAUUGCAGCACGUCGGACGGAAACAGGUCGCUGGAAGUUGAGUGAAAGCUGGAGAGAAAAAAGCGAAAGAUUUUAAAACGAAUGCCAUCUGAGGCUCAGUCUCAGGAGCCUCGCAACAGAGGUCCAGCACCUCCCAUCACGCGGGCUGGCCGCAGCGCCCUAUUUGCCAAAGCUGCAGCAACUUGCUCCACCCCUGAGAAACGGCUUCGGGGGCGACCUCGGAAAGAUGGGAGCACCGGGCGCUCCGCAUCUCCUCCUCCUCCUGCUCCACAUCCGAAGUCAAGGAACACGGGGCGGAGUCGAGGCAGAGUUCUGGAGGAGGAGCGUAUGGAUGUGCCUGAGCGGAAACGCUCUCAGAAAGAGCUGAAGGAGGGGAAACGCAAGACCACAGGAUGGCGUCAGUCCACAUCACGAAGAAAAACUAACCCAAAGCCUGAACACAAAGAUGAACCCAGUCAAGGAAGGCAGAGUCCAGAGCCUGAACCCAGCCCUGAUAGUGGCCCUGCUUUUCUUGAUUUUACGUACCCAGAUUCUAGCCCAAAACCAGGUCCUAGAGUUCGAGGUGAAGACAAAGUCGGUUAUGUGCUUCCUGCUCAGCCUUCCUCCCCUAGACCAGCACAUCUCCAGAUGAUUCCGGGCAGCUGCACUCCAGAUUCCACAUUGUGUCCUCUGCCCCCAUCCCCAAACUGUAAUCUAUCUCACUGCGCUGUGUCCAGCCCCAGACCAGCCACUCAGCUUGUGGACGAAGACCAGCCUAUCCUGAGCUGCAGCCCCUCCCUCACGGAAGCCAUCUGCAGUACGUGCACUGUAAUUGUCGAGACAGAAGGGGGUGGAGUCAGCGACAGGGUGGGCCUCAUGGAGCAGAGUCCCGCCCUCAGUGCUUGCUCCAGCCCUCUAUCCAGCUCCUGUUCCAGACUGGGCUUCAGUCCCAGGGAGGAUGAAGACUCACUGUCCGCUCUCUUCCAAGGCUCGCUGUCUGAGGACUCACAGGGUUCACCCGCUCUGAUCCCGGGACAUGCCAAGAAGCGUGUGAAGCAGUGUGCCUUCUGUUACCAUGGCGACGGGCCUCCUCUGGGCCAGGGCCGCCUGCUGGUGUUCGGCCCGACGCCCGGCUACAUCCCCUUACACAUUCUGAUCCGCCGAACCUCCGCUGACCGGGACAGCGACUGCCACAACCACUGCUUCCACGACAGCCAGGCCUCCUCCACAUGCAGCAGUCCAGAUCAGUGUGAGGCUGAGUCUUCCUCAGAGUUCCUCGAGCAGCUUGGGCCUAUUGGCCUUCCUCAUGACAUCAGCAUCCAGUCACUGUUCGACGCCACCGGUCAGUGUUGCGCUCACUUCCUGUGUGCUGCCUGGUCAGACGGGGUGCGUUUUGGCGAGGGCCAGUCGCUGCUCUACGUGGACAAAGCCAUCGAUGCUGGAAGCAAGCAGGUCUGCGUGUUCUGCCGUCGGCUCGGAGCAUCGCUGCGUUGCUGGGAGAAAGGCUGUGGGCGGAGCUACCACUUUCCAUGUGCUGCUGCUGCAGGAGCUCAUCAGAACUGGAACCAGCGUCACACACUGUGCACCCGUCACAUGCACACGGCUUCCUCAUCCUGCGCGGCGUGUUUGAACGUUGGUGAUGUCGGCAGUCUACUGAUGUGUUGUUGCUGCGGUAACUGUUACCAUGGCAGCUGCCUGGAUCCCCCGCUGGUGCCCUCCCCCUUGCGACGGGCCGGCUGGCAGUGUCCGGGGUGUCGAGUGUGUCACAUCUGCAGGUUAGGAAAAGAUGAUGGACUGCUGGUGUGUGAGCGCUGCGAUAAAUCCUACCAUGCACACUGUCUCACGCCCACCUUGGAGGACACUCCCACCAGCUGGAUCUGCAAGAACUGCAGAGUGUGUCGCCGCUGUGGCACAACAUCAUCAGGACAGUGGGCCAAUCAUCCUUUUCUGUGCAAGUCAUGUGAUCCAGCCCUGCCCUGCCCUUUCUGUGGCCACACCCCCAACUUGUACUCAGCACAGGACGUGCUGAUGUGUAUCUGCUGUUAUAGGUGCAUCCAUAGAGAAUGUGCUGUCCAGGCUGGGGAGGACGGAACGGGGUCCAAAGGUUUUGUCUGCUCCGUCUGCUGGCUUCAAGAGGAGCAAAUCCCACACAGUUCUUCAAUGACCCUGUCCCAUAGUGUUUCACAGCCUACAAGUUGCACAGAUGUUCUACACAUCAGUCAUACUCCUCAAAGUUCCCUUCAGAUCAUCUGCUCAGACCCUCCGCAGACCUUGACCAAAGUCAUGCGUACAGCAUUGCAGCAAAGGCCUUCACCUUCUCACCACAAGACUGCACAGAUUCAAUCAAGCCUGUCACAGUCAUCAUCAUCUCAUCAUACAGACAUUCAUCCAAACCCUCCACUAUUGCCAUCUCAGUCUGGUCCAAGAGAGACCCAACGCAGUCCACUGUUGUCUCAUCAUGAGCCUACACUAGUUGAUUCAAACUCUCCACCAUCACCAUCUCAGUCUGGUCCAAGAGAGACCCAACGCAGUCCACUGUUGUCUCAUCAUGAGCCUACACUAGUUGAUUCAAACCCUCCACUAUCACCAUGUCAGUCUGGUCCAACAGAGACCCAACGCAGUCCACUGUUGUCUCAUCAUGAGCCUACACUAGUUGAUUCAAACCCUCCACCAUCACCAUCUCAGUCUGGUCCAACAGAGACCCAACGCAGUCCACUGUUGUCUCAUCAUGAGCCUACACUAGUUGAUUCAAACCCUCCACCAUCACCAUCUCAGUCUGGUCCAACAGAGACCCAAUGCAGUCCACUGUUGUCUCAUCAUGAGCCUACACUAGUUGAUUCAAACCCUCCACUAUCACCAUCUCAGUCUGGUCCAACAGAGACCCAACGCAGUCCACUGUUGUCUCAUCAUGAGCCUACACUAGUUGAUUCAAACCCUCCACUAUCACCAUGUCAGUCUGGUCCAACAGAGACCCAACGCAGUCCACUGUUGUCUCAUCAUGAGCCUACACUAGUUGAUUCAAACUCUCCACCAUCACCAUCUCAGUCUGGUCCAACAGAGACCCAACGCAGUCCACUGUUGUCUCAUCAUCCGCCUUCACUAGUUGAUUCAAACCCUCCAUUAUCACCAUGUCAGUCUGGUCGAAGAGAGACCCAACGCAGUCCACUGUUGUCUCAUCAUGAGCCUUCACUAGUUGAUUCAAACCCUCCACUAUCACCAUGUCAGUCUGGUCCAAGAGAGACCCAACGCAGUCCACUGUUGUCUCAUCAUGAGCCUACACUAGUUGAUUCUAACCCUCCACUAUCACCAUGUCAGUCUGGUCCAACAGAGACCCAACGCAGUCCACUGUUGUCUCAUCAUGAGCCUUCACUAGUUGAUUCAAACCCUCCACUAUCACCAUCUCAGUCUGGUCCAACAGAGACCCAACGCAGUCCACUGUUGUCUCAUCAUGAGCCUACACUAGUUGAUUCAAACGCUCCACUAUCACCAUGUCAGUCUGGUCCAACAGAGACCCAACGCAGUCCACUGGUGUCUCAUCGUGAGCCUACACUAGUUGAUUCAAACCCUCCACUAUCACCAUGUCAGUCUGGUCCAACAGAGACCCAACGCAGUCCACUGUUGUCUCAUCGUGAGCCUACACUAGUUGAUUCAAACUCUCCACUAUCACCAUGUCAGUCUGGUCCAACAGAGACCCAACGCAGUCCACUGUUGUCUCAUCAUGAGCCUACACUAGUUGAUUCAAACUCUCCACUAUCACCAUGUCAGUCUGGUCCAACAGAGACCAAACGCAGUCCACUGUUGUCUCAUCAUGAGCCUACACUAGUUGAUUCAAACCCUCCACUAUCACCAUGUCAGUCUGGUCCAACAGAGACCCAACGCAGUCCACUGUUGUCUCAUCAUGAGCCUACACUAGUUGAUUCAAACCCUCCACUAUCACCAUGUCAGUCUGGUCCAACAGAGACCCAACGCAGUCCACUGUUGUCUCAUCAUGAGCCUACACUAGUUGAUUCAAACCCUCCACUAUCACCAUAUCAGUCUGGUCCAACAGAGACCCAACGCAGUCCACUGUUGUCUCAUCAUGAGCCUACACUAGUUGAUUCAAACCCUCCACUAUCACCAUCUCAGUCUGGUCCAACAGAGACCCAACGCAGUCCACUGUUGUCUCAUCAUGAGCCUACACUAGUUGAUUCAAACCCUCCACUAUCACCAUCUCAGUCUGGUCCAACAGAGACCCAACGCAGUCCACUGUUGUCUCAUCAUGAGCCUACACUAGUUGAUUCAAACCCUCCACUAUCACCAUCUCAGUCUGGUCCAACAGAGACCCAACGCAGUCCACUGUUGUCUCAUCAUGAGCCUACACUAGUUGAUUCAAACCCUCCACUAUCACCAUCUCAGUCUGGUCCAACAGAGACCCAACGCAGUCCACUGUUGUCUCAUCAUGAGCCUACACUAGUUGAUUCAAACCCUCCACUAUCACCAUGUCAGUCUGGUCCAACAGAGACCCAACGCAGUCCACUGUUGUCUCAUCAUGAGCCUACACUAGUUGAUUCAAACCCUCCACUAUCACCAUGUCAGUCUGGUCCAACAGAGACCCAACACAGUCCACUGUUGUCUCAUCAUGAGCCUACACUAGUUGAUUCAAACCCUCCACUAUCACCAUGUCAGUCUGGUCCAACAGAGACCCAACGCAGUCCACUGUUGUCUCAUCAUGAGCCUACACUAGUUGAUUCAAACCCUCCACUAUCACCAUGUCAGUCUGGUCCAACAGAGACCCAACGCAGUCCACUGUUGUCUCAUCAUGAGCCUACACUAGUUGAUUCAAACCCUCCACUAUCACCAUGUCAGUCUGGUCCAACAGAGACCCAACGCAGUCCACUGUUGUCUCAUCAUGAGCCUACACUAGUUGAUUCAAACCCUCCACUAUCACCAUGUCAGUCUGGUCCAACAGAGACCCAACGCAGUCCACUGUUGUCUCAUCAUGAGCCUACACUAGUUGAUUCAAACCCUCCACUAUCACCAUGUCAGUCUGGUCCAACAGAGACCCAACGCAGUCCACUGUUGUCUCAUCAUGAGCCUACACUAGUUGAUUCAAACCCUCCACUAUCACCAUGUCAGUCUGGUCCAACAGAGACCCAACGCAGUCCACUGUUGUCUCAUCAUGAGCCUACACUAGUUGAUUCAAACCCUCCACUAUCACCAUGUCAGUCUGGUCCAACAGAGACCCAACGCAGUCCACUGUUGUCUCAUCAUGAGCCUACACUAGUUGAUUCAAACCCUCCACUAUCACCAUGUCAGUCUGGUCCAACCGAGACCCAACGCAGUCCACUGUUGUCUCAUCAUGAGCCUACACUAGUUGAUUCAAACCCUCCACUAUCACCAUGUCAGUCUGGUCCAACCGAGACCCAACGCAGUCCACUGUUGUCUCAUCAUGAGCCUACACUAGUUGAUUCAAACCCUCCACUAUCACCAUGUCAGUCUGGUCCAACAGAGACCCAACGCAGUCCACUGUUGUCUCAUCAUGAGCCUACACUAGUUGAUUCAAACCCUCCACUAUCACCAUGUCAGUCUGGUCCAACAGAGACCCAACGCAGUCCACUGUUGUCUCAUCAUGAGCCUACACUAGUUGAUUCAAACCCUCCACUAUCACCAUGUCAGUCUGGUCCAACAGAGACCCAACGCAGUCCACUGUUGUCUCAUCAUGAGCCUACACUAGUUGAUUCAAACCCUCCACUAUCACCAUGUCAGUCUGGUCCAACAGAGACCCAACGCAGUCCACUGUUGUCUCAUCAUGAGCCUACACUGGUUGAUUCAAGCCCUCUGGUAUCACCAUGUCAGUCUGGUCCAACAGAGAUUGAACAGAGCCAAAUGACGUAUCACCAUGAGCCUACACAGGUUGACCCAGACCCUACACUAUCACUGUCUCAACCUGGUCUAACAGCCCUCCAAUGCAGCCUCCUGUUGUCUCAACCUGAGCCUAAAAUGGUUGAUCCUGGUCUAAUAGAGAUCCAACACAGCCCGCCACCAUCUCACAAUGAGCCUGCACAGGUUGAUACAAACCUUACAUUAUCACAGUUUCAAUCUUGUCCAACAGAGAUCAAAACCUGCCAAGUACCACCUCACCAUGUGUCUACACUGAGUCAUCCAAAGCCUUUGGCAUUUCCAUUGCUGCUCUGCCCAUCAGAAAUCCAAUGCGACCCUUCCCUUUUUCACCAUGAGCCUACACAGGUUCUUUCCAGGCUUGCACCAUCAUCAUCUCAGUCUAGUUCAUCACAGAUCCAAAGUAUUCCUAUGCCUUCUCUUCAUGAGCCUGCACCUUGUCGAGUAGAGACUCAAUGUAGCCUUGCAACAUCUCACCAUGACCCUAAACAGAUACACUCAAGAUCUACACCAUCGCCAACUCAUGAUGAGACCACACAGCUUUAUGUAAAACCUCCACAAUCACCAUCUCAUCCUGCUCCAUCAGAGAUUCAGCAUAGUCCUGCACUAUCUCAUUCUGGCUUAAUAGAGAUCCAGGAUAGCCUUACACCAUCUUACCGUGAGUCCACACAGAUUAAAAAGUGUCGAACACCAGUACCCUCUUGCCAAGGUCCAAUAGAGAUCUGCCACAGCACUAAAUCCCAUGCUGAAUCUACUGAAAUUCACCAGAGUUCUACAUCAUUGGCAACUCAUGCUGAUCCAGCAGAGACCUACCACAGUCCUUUGUUGUAUCGGCCCAGUUCAACAGAGAUACAACACUGCCCUCCAUCACUUGAUCUUAAUCUGUCAGAGCUUCAACAAUGCCCUCCACAGUUUCUAUCCAACUCUAGUACAGCAGAGAGUCAAGAAAGACUUGUACCAUCUCACCAGGAACCAACAGAGAUCCAGCAUGCUCACCCUGGUCAUUCAGAGCUCCAACUAACUGUGACUUGGUCUGAUUCGGAUCUUGCGGAGCUUCAAGAAAGCCGUACCUCUUCAUGUCAUUAUUUAACAGACAUUCAAGAAUGGUCUGAGGCAUCAAAUCCAGACGCUGCGGAGCGGCAACCAAGCCCUACAUCAUCGCACCUUCAGCCUGGGGAGCUUCCAAGCAGACGUGCGAUAUCUUGGUCUGAGCGAACAGAGCUCCAACAAAGCCUUAUGCCAUCAUACCCGGAUCUCACAGAGCCUCAGGAAAGCUCUUGCUCAGCCAAACCUUGUCCAGUAGACCUUCAGAAAAGCAGUGUUGCAUCACAUCCCUGCCUUACAAAUCAGAAACAAAACCCUACUCAUGCAGUUUCUACACAGUCUCAACAUAGCCAUGUUCAUGUUGGCUCUACACAGGAGAGAUGUGGUCCAUCACAGUCCACUGACAGCCUGUGUAGCCCUACCCCAAAUUCCACGGAGGUUUGCAUGGUUGCAGAGUCACGGCAGAUCCCCACCCAGGAUAGAUCCAUAUCUUCUAACCAUGCACAGUCUUCACAUAGCCCUAAACCACACCAUCAUAUGCAGCUGCAAGUUUUUCCUGUCCAGGAUCAGUUGCAUCCUGUAGCAUUGCAGCAGGUUCAUCCUACACAGAGCUCUGCUUGUGUUCAUUCAGUCACUCUUGGAUGUCCGAAUAUUUUUGCCAAGGAUGCAGCAGAGAUGUAUGCUAUUAAACCAUGCAGCCCUGCAGAUAUCCAAAAGCCCCUCACUGUCUCCCCACACAAUUUACUAAAUCCUGCAUCACAAAGCCUCAGACUACUCAGAUCACCACUACAGAAUUCUGUGUUGGACCAGGACAUGCCUGGAUCACCUGGCCUUGCUGAGCUGCCAGAUGGGGCUACACAGAUUUCUUCUUUGGACCAGGAUAGCCUCUCACCACUCUUUUAUAGGUCUACCCAAAUAAAAAGCCGUCCCAUAGUGAGGCCUGUUUCAGCGCCAUGUAGUCCCUCCUUGUCCCCUGUCAGAAUCACACAGCAUAGUCUGUCACAGCCAGUUAGCCCAGUACAAAUCCAGACUAUGCGACCUGAUAGGCCUGCACAACUUAACUCAGUAUCUCCCCAAGUUACAAACUGUAAACUGAGCAGUAUUACUGAGGGAAUUUCAUUGGUAUCGAGCCCGAUUCACUUCCCUCAAGCUGUUGAUCAAACAAUGGAGAGAAGACCCCUUGACUCUGCUUCUGACUCAUUGAAAACACCCUCAACCAGUCACAGUGCGGCUAAUCAACUUCCAAACAAUGUUGGUGGACUUCGUAGUAGCAGUGGGUCUCCUAGCCCUGUUCACCUGCCUGCUGUACCAACACCAGAAAGCCUUGUUCAUUCCAGCUCUGCAAUGGAGCCCAGUAGCCUAAAUUUCUCAUCUCAAGUUGAUGAAAUUGAGGGAAAGCUUACUCCAGCUAGCCCUGUGAGUCAAAGUGCUUCUCAAGAUGGUUCACCAUGCAGUUUAAGCUUUCAAAGUAAAGCUAGCCCCAUACAUAUCCAAGGUAGCAAAAUGACUCAGAACCCAACACAUGCCAGUAAAAUACCUGUUAAACCUUCUCUCAUUUUCCAAGCAUCUAACCUCAUGCAAGUGGACAGUUACACUGAUGUCAACUCCGUAUGUGCUAACACGAGCCCUUUAACACAAACAGCUACUCCAGCACUACAUGUUGGCUCCUCACCUUCUCCAGCUAGCACGGUCAGCUGCCCGAAUACCUUUAUUCAGUCUGAGUUGAACCUUGUUCAUUUGAAUGCUACUUCUGUUAGCUCAGACGAUGCCAGUCCCACUUGUGCCAGCUCAGACCACAUUGUGGCUAACAGCAGCUGUAAUUUUAGUAGACUUAUCAAUGGAUCUAAUCAGACACUGCUCACACAGAUUGAGACAACCUCAAGUCUCACAUGUGGCCGAACUGUUUGCAGUCCUUCAUAUUCACCAGGGCUACAGAUGAGCCCUCCACCAGUGGAACCAAAAUGUAGUUUGUCCCACUGUAGGCUAACUGAUACAAGCCCUGUUUGCCAGAGUGUUACUUCAGACAAGAGUGAUCAGACACUUCCUAUCUGUGUCAAGGAAAUGGAUGCUGAUGGAAUCCAGAAUUUACCUAUGUCUUUGUCUGCCUGUCUUGUGAGCUCUGUUAAUUUACAAAGUACCUCUGCGGUUUCCCACUCAAGUCCAUUCCAGGCACAGCCUCCCUUGUUAUGUGGAACUCUUGGAUUUGCCACAAAAAGUAGUGUUGGCCCACCUCAUAGUCCUGCUCAGGCCAGUAAAAUGAGUCUUAGUCCCCAUCGUAGCCCAGUUCCUAUUACUGAAAUACAAUCUAGCCUUGGUGUGGUACAGGUGAGACCUGCUUCAGAUUCUUCAAAUGUUGAAGAGGAACUGGUGGUUUGUUCCAGAAAUGAGACUCUCUGCAGUGCAGUUCAGGCUGAACCUAGUCCACAUGACCCUAAACACACCUUCAACCAGACUAGCCAAACAUUUGCCAGGUUACUGCUACGCGACUUGGCUGCUGUGAGCUGUGAUGGUAUUGGUCAAACCUCAGCUAGUCUUCAGAUAAACAUGGAAAAGUCUGCUAUUGAAACCCAGCUGGCCAUUGUCAGCAUGAGUCCUUCUCAAAGACCAGCUGUUAGCUCUGUUAGCUCUUUCAGUUCUCGUCUCACUCAGGAUAACUUUAUAAUACUUUGCACUAACCAUGCCAGUGGAACUGACAGUAGCGCACCUCAGUCACACUCUACGAGUCCUGUUCAUGAAGAUCUGGCAAGCUGUGAUCCUGGUCCUGCAAGUGCAUUACUUCCUGGCUCUCAACAACAAACAUCAGGAGAUGGGGAUCCUUCACAUCCAGUGGAUGGAGAUUUGAUGGAAGAGCAGAAAGAGGCAAAGCCUGACAAGGAGGAGGAGUCUGGAGAGCGCGGGGGAGGUGAAGCUGUCGAGGAGGAGGAGCCUGGGGAGUGUAGGGUAGGUGUUGCUGUUCAGAAGUUGGAGGAGCCUAGAGAGCACGGGGGAGGUGAAACUGUCAAGGAGGAGGAGGAGCCUGGAGAGCGUGUGGGAGGUGAUGCUGUUGUUGAGGAGGAGGAGUCAGACAGACAUCCUUCAGAUGUGGCGUCACUGAGCCCCACCCUGACCGCGGCAGGUCUGUCACCACCUCGUGCCUCCUCUGCCUCCCCCGUCCUCGCCCCUCUGUCCCCUGCACCUCCUCCUGCCUCCUCUCUCCUGUCACCCUUUUCUCCUUCCAGACUCAGAGCUGUGAAUGCCUCAUCUGCACACGCUCCACCUCACCCCUCACGUCCAAUGACACUUGUCCCCCAGACGGAGGAGCCCACCAAUCAGGAACCAGCGGUGCCAGGAAAACUUUCCUGUCACAUGACAUCAGUGAGUAAUGUCAGCCAAUUGCAGAGCCUAUCCCUGUCGCUCGCUGCAGCAACACAAACCGCCAAAGGGGAGGCACUGUCGCAUGUUGCAUGUUCAGAGAAAGAGGAGGCAGAGCCAAUGAAGGUCGCUGACAUUAAUGAGCAGCAGCUAAUGAGACAGAACCUGGAAGCAAACAUGAAGAAUGCUGAGCACCAGGACCAAGUAGAGGGCGAAGAGGAGGAGCCCGUGAGCCCGGUUCUGGACCUGGACCCUUCUGAAGACAUGGAGGUGACGAAGCUGAUGACCUCACCUUCUCAUCCUCUCGCAUCAGUCCUUCAUCUCCACACUCCCAGUCCACCACCAAAGCCAGCCUCUCACCGUCCCAGGAUUCCCAGGUCUUCAGAUGAUCUUUCCAUACGCUUGAGGAAGUCACCCUUCUCCACCGAGGCCUCCCCUGAGACCUCCCCCGUCAGAACUCCUGUCACGCCUCCCCCACUUUCACCACCGUCACCUCCCCCAAGGGCCUCCUCUUCAUCAAGAGAGUUCCUGCCUCUGUCGCAGUCCCAGGCUCCUCCCUCCACAGUGAUCCGCCUCACUCCAAAGAUUGGCAUGGGAAAACCGGCCAUCUCCAAGAGGAAGUUCUCACCAGGCAGGACUGGAGUCAAACAGGGUCGGGGUUCAGGAUUUCCAGGAAGAAGGAGGUCCAAAGUCGGAGGAGGUGGAGUUGGUGGCAGCAGAGCGGGAAGAGGAAGGAGCAGACUGAAGAUCCGGGACAACCUGAAUGUGGCACCCGGGGCUGGGAUUGUGGACUUGUUCCAGGUGAAGGAUGAGGAGGAGAACUCCAUGCACAACACGGUGGUGAUGUUUUCUACCUCUGACCACUUCACCCUCAAACAGGACAUGUGUGUGGUGUGCGGCAGUUUUGGACGUGGAGCUGAAGGUCGGUUGUUGGCGUGUUCUCAGUGUGGCCAGUGUUACCACCCUUACUGUGUCAACGUGAAGAUCACACGUGUCAUCCUCACCAAAGGCUGGCGUUGCCUGGAGUGCACAGUGUGCGAAGCGUGUGGGGAAGCCAGCGACCCGGGUCGUCUGCUGCUGUGUGAUGACUGUGACAUCAGCUACCACACCUACUGCCUGGACCCGCCCCUCCACACGGUGCCCAAGGGUGCCUGGAAAUGCAAGUGGUGUGUGUGGUGCGUGCAGUGUGGCUCCACCUCUCCCGGGCUGCACAGUGAUUGGCAGAGUAACUACAGCCACUGUGGACCGUGUUCCAGUCUGAGUCGCUGUCCGCUGUGCUGCAGACAUUAUGCACACGAUGACCUCAUCCUGCAGUGUCAGCAGUGCGACAGGUGGGUCCACGCCGUGUGUCAUGGUCUAACAACUGAAGACGAGGUGGAGCUGGCUGCUGACCGCGGCUUUGAGUGCUCACUGUGCAGAGUGCGCUGCCACACAACAUACGUGCGAUCUGACAGCUGUGCUUCUCCAUACGUGGCCAUCCGCAGGAUCCGAGAGCCAGAAUCAAAGACGUUCACUCAGGAUGGAGUUUGUCUGACAGAGUCCGGUCUGACUCAUCUCCAGGGUCUCGUUGAACCUUUGACCUUGCCACGUCAGUAUCGCAGGUGCAAACCCAAACUAAAGCUGAAGAUCAUCAACCAGAACAGUGUCUCAGUGCUCCAGAUGCCCCAGAACCACGAACCUUCGACUGGGCAGGGGCAGAGUGGAGGUGACCUGGAACAUGAUUUGAAAUCUGACUCCAGCCCAGAACGAGACCACACCCACAACAAUGACAUCAGCAAGAACCCUGAGGGUGGUGACGACACCAAGAGGAAGAAGAGAAAACCCUACCGACCCGGUAUCGGUGGGUUCAUGGUCCGACAGCGAGGAGGCAAAUACGCUCCGAGUCGAAUCAGACUGUGCAGAGGAGAGUCGACAGACGUGCUGCCCGGACACCAAGGCUUGUUGGAUGCAGAUGUUGCCAUGGAGACAGCACCUGCUGCUGACCAAGUGAUGGAGAAGGUGAAGAAGAGAUACCGAAAGAAGAAGACGAAGCUGGAGGAGUCCUUUCCACCUUACCUCCAGGAAGCGUUUUUCGGUCGGGAUUUGCUGGACAGGAGCCGGCAGCACGAGGGGAGGGCGGCACCACAGUCAGCGGUUGUUGUGCAAUCGUUGUCAUCGUCAGAAGAUGUUGGCGCUCCUUCCUUUGGAUUCCGUCGCCCCUCCCCUUCAGGUGCACCAGUUUGCACCACAGCAGCCAUCGCUAGUAGGAAGCACGUGUCACUGUCUGGUCUGAGUCUCGGCUCAGAUACCUCUGAGCCAAUGAGGAGUGGUGGGCAGAGCCAGAGGGCUGUACAAGAGGAGCCUCUGGAUGUCAUCUUAAGUCCCGAGUUGGACAAGAUGGUCACAGACGGUGCGAUCAUCAGCAGACUGUCCAAGAUCCCAGAGCUGGAGGGGAAGGAUGUGGAGGAGGUGUUCACUGCAGUGCUGAGUCCAGACAACCAGUCAGAACGCAGCCAGAACAUGCACACUGCUGCUGGCACCAAGGUCUCAGUUCCUGGUGCGUUUCCUCGUCUUUCAGUGAUGAACGGUCUGAUGGCUUCUCCUCAUGUUGCUUCAACUCCCGUGAUGUCGAGCAGCAGGCAAGGUGCAGUUAGCGUUCAGACGUCUUCCCCCGAGGGCCCGGCCCCUGCAUUGGUCCCCACCCCAACCUCGUCUUCAGGCUCGGCCCCAACAAUCCUGCUGUCAGGAGACGGAGAGCAGGACGUGAUGUCGAGCGCUCAGAGGGGCACAUUGAGGUGGGAAAAGGAAGAAUCCUUGGGCGAGCUCGCUGCCGUUGCCCCGGUGCUAUACUGUAACACCAACUUCUCCGAGCUGCGAGAGCAAUACCCAGAAUGGUCCAUCAGAGUGAAGCAGAUCGCCAAACUGUGGAGGAAGGCCAGCCCUCAGGACAGAGCGCCAUUUGUGCAAAAAGCGAGGGACAACCGGGCCGCACAGCGCAUCAACAAAGUGCAGCUGACCAGUGAUCCAAUCAAACGGCAGCAUCCUGUGCAGCCGCCACUGGCUGUACCCUGCGACCCUGUCCCAGCGGAGGCUCACGUCAUGUUCAAGGACUCACUGAGACCCAAAGAGUUGGAACAGGAGCAAGAGUGGAAAUUGAGACAGCAAAUGCGCCAGAAAAGUAAACAGCUGGCAAAAAUGGAGGCCACUCAGAAACUGGAGCAGGUGAAGAAUGAGCAACUUCUGCAGCAGAGACGCCACCAGAUGCUGUCAGGCCAGAGCUUCUUGGACGCUGCUUCCCCUCCACAGCCCACAGAGUCAAAAAUCCACAGUGUCUUCCUCAAACCACAAGCUCCGCCUCCUUCAGGUUCCAGUUCACUGCCACCCUCUCCUCUCCCCACCUCCCCUCUCCAUCAGCUCCCAUCUUCUCCCAAAAUGUUCUCCCCACCCUCCUCCCGUCCCUCCUCACCCUGGGACACUUUCUCAAAAGGAGCAGCUCCUCCACACCCAGGGGGCUCUCAGUCCACAGAUGCACAGUUCACCUCCUCCCCGGCCCAUGAUGCUUUGGGCUCUCCCACACCUUCCCCAGAGUCGAAAGGCUCAGAAUGCUCCCGAACACUUGGACCUCAACCAGGGUCACAGCAGAGCAGAGUGGAUAUGAUGAGCCCAUCUGCAUGCUCCGCUCCCAGAAUUGGGCCCGCUGACCUGUGCCACAAAGGCCAGGCUGGUGAGCUUGGAGCUGUUGGAGUGUUUAAAGCCCCCAUGCCCCCCCUGCAGGAAUUGACUGUUGACCCAGUAGGAAGAAGGGACCUACCUCGAUCUGCAGACCUGGGCUUCACUCUUUUCCACUCCCAGGAUCCAUCUUUCGCUUCCAUCCCACUGUCAGGGAUUGCCUCCCCCAACUGCAGCCCAUACACCCAGGCGCCUGGUACUCCCAGGUCUGACUACACCCAGCAGGCCAAUGAAUCCUUUUCUCACCAGUCGCCGUUAGCUUCGCACUCUUCACCUGAGUCCUACACCAAUCCUCAGACUCCUGGUACACCUCUGUUGCAUUCUGACCCUUUGUACCUCACCACACCACCAAGACCAGUCCAGUACGGCCAACACUCAGCCAACAGGAAGCCGUCCCCCUCCCACCCAGUACUCGUCUCGUGUGUGUCUAACCCAGAGGCACCUCAUGCUUUACUAACAGAGUGCCUCCCUCAGUCUCCAGAAACCCCGUCUCCCAGUCUGCAGAGGCCCUCAUCAGACCUCUGCACCCAAUGGUCUCAGUCCCAGCUGGAAGCGGUCAGCCUUCAACCAGCUGGUCCUGGCUCAUGCAGCCUGACUCCAGAGAUGACCUUCAGCCCGUCCCACCUUCAGCAGUCUCCAGGAAAACAGCAUCUUUCAGGAUCCACAACCCCUGGCAGCAAGACCCCAAAGCACCCUGGGUUAUCUGAGGACAGUCUUGUCCCUGGUUUGAACAGUCACAACCUGUCGCAGCAGAAUCACAUGAUGCCUGGUGCCUCACUGACGAACAAGAUGGCAGCCGGUGACAAGGCGGCGGAGAGCGGAAGCACUGUGGAUGGAGCAGCAGGUGCGCUGCCUCAGCUGGCAGACUCUGAGGAGAAGCUGAGACAGCGCCAGAGGCUGCGGCAGCUCAUCCUGAAUCAGCAGCAGCAGAAGAUUGUUCUGCGGCAGGAGAAAGGUCUGAAUGAAGCCAAUGCUGCCACCUCACCAGCUGCACACCAGCGGGCGCAGGAGGGUGAGCGCUCCGCCCCUCGCUGUGACCCGUUUGGGCACCCUCCCCCGCCAUACCCGGGCAUAGUGAGGCCCAGCGGGCCGCCGCCGGCCCCAGCACGAGCUCUCAGGGUCCCUCCAGGUGUUUCCUCCAGCCAGGCUCCUUUCCACAGGGAGCUGGGAGUCCAACCUCUGGCCCUGAGGUUUGUCCCUCCUGGAUCUCCUGCAGUACUCCAGGACUCGUCCUUGCAUCCACUUCAGGUUUCAGGUCCUGGUUCCGUACUCCCUGGCCAGAUGAGGAGGCUGAUGAUAUCGGAGUUACCUAGGCUUCGCCCCCCUUCUCACCUGGUGACAGUGCUGGAACAACACCAUGAUCACAGACUGCUGUGUGCUGGCGGAGAGGCUGACAAAUUCUUCCUGGCCGGCGAGCACCACGAUAUGUCCCAGACCUUUUCGCCCCUCCCCCUUCCUGUCCAGCAGCACAGUAUCAUGGGACAGCCUUACAUUGAGCUGCGACACCGCGUCCCAGAGAACUGCCUCAGGUUGUCCUUACCCCCAAACGCUGCCUCGGAAUCCAGAGACCCUGGCCUUCAGCUGUCAGCUGUCAAGCCCCCUCACAGGGUGAAGGUGAUGGAGACGGCAGCUCUUGGCCAGCAGGUGGCACCGGCAGGUGGCAGGGAGCAUGUGGGCCAACAUGUUCAACAGCACCUUGGCCAGGGACCCGGCGGGUUAGAGGAGCACCUAGAGGGAGAGGACUCAGCUGUGAAGGACCUGGAAGAUGUGGAGGUGAAAGAUCUGGUCGACCUGAACCUGAAUCUAGACCCUGAAGGUAAAGACGAGCUGGAUCUGGGAUCCAAUGACUUGCACCUGGAUGAUUUCUUGCUGUCUGGCAAGUUCGACUUGAUUGCCUAUGCAGACCCAGAGCUCAACCUGGAGGACAAGAAAGGCCUGUUCAGUGAGGACCUGGACCUUGGAGAGUCUGUUGAUGAGAAGGAGGGGGGAGGUGGCACCCAACAGGUGGGCAGCCACACCCAUCCGCCUGGCUGUGUCACACAGGUGGUGAAAACAGAAACUAGAGUCCAGCAUUCCUACUCUGGAGUCCUGUCCACCAGCAAGCCUCUGGGACUUCUGGGUUCCGCUCUGUCAAGCUCCUCCUCUCUUCUUGACAAGGACAAAGUAGAAUUCUCUGGUCCAGGUCCUGGGUCAGUCCAAGCCCAGGAGCAGGCUCCGUGCUCAGGUCAAUUAUCUAACUUCCAGCAGCAGAGUAUAUUUAGACUCUCGGCCUCAGCCGUCCUUAUCCCCCAGCCUCAAGGACGCCCCACUCUGCCUCACCCACUGUCCCUUCUGGACUCCCAGCCUCACCUCCUCUUUAACCCUCAGAUCCAAGAUCUGCAACCAGGGCCGGCAGACCUAACCCCGGUCUGUGCUCACAGUGAGAACAAGUCCCGAUCACUGCUCCUGGAGGAGCAGCCGCUCCUGCUGCAGGACCUGCUGGACCAGGAGCGACAGGAGCAGCAGCAGCAGAAACAGAUGCAAGCCCUGAUCACACAGAGGUCCAACACAGAGUCUUGCAUUCCCAGCAUGGACUUUGACUCCAUCUCCGACCCCAUCAUGAAGGCCAAAAUGGUGGCUCUGAAGGGCAUCAACAAGGUCAUGACCCAGGGCAGCCUGGGACUCAACCCCGUGACCAUUAACAGGCUGCAACAGCCUCCAGAGCUCCAGGAUUCAGAGGCCCCACCUCCCUUGCCACAGCUAAAUACACAGGACACAAAAGUGAACCUUCCGCUGGUUCGGCUCAACCCGCCCAGCUUGGGCCCAGGCUUCGUCAACGACUCUGAGCGGCGGCAGCGCUACGAGGAGUGGCUCAGGGAGACGCAGCAGCUCCUGCAGAUGCAACAGCACCUCCUGGAGGACCAGAUCACAGCUCACCGUAAAACCAAGAAGGCUCUGAUGGCCAAACAGAGGACCGCCAGGAAGGCCGGCCGAGUCUUUGCCGAGGCUGACGCAGUCCAACUCCGCCACGUUACUGAACAGCAGGGGGCAGUGCAGAAACAGCUGGAGCAGAUUCGGAAGCAGCAGAAGGACCACACAGAGCUGAUUGAGGACUACAGAAGCAAACAGGAGCAGUCUGCAGCUGGCACCAUGCUGCUCCGCCGUCAGCCCGUGGCACAUCCGGUGGGCUCCACCCUGUUACAUGCCCCAAACAUUCCAACCGCCUGGGCUCCUGGGGCCAGACCUCUAGGCGUGAUUGGGCUGAGGAUGCCCCCUCAGGUGGCCCCCACUCUUCCCAGCACCACCCGGACCCUCCCAGUCAUAGUUCUUCCUCUUCCGUGUGCCUCAGUGGAACAUGGCCCUCCCCUCUGCAGACAGACCAGCGGUCCCAACGAAGCAGCUCGGAACACAGCUGGGAUAUCGGGAAGUGGUGUCCCCGCCCCUCAGGUGAAGUUUGACGACAACAAUCCGUUCAGUGAGGGUUUCCAGGAGAGGGAGCGGAGGGAGCGGAUGAGGGAGCAGCAGGAGAAGCAGCGGGUGCAGCUCCUUGAAGAGACGAGAUCAGCAGGACCUUCCGCAGCAGCAGCUCUGCCUGUUCCUGGUUCUGCUGGUGGGAACAGUCUCUUCUUCACCUGCGAGACACCUCAGGACAAUGUUCACUCCAGCACAGCAACCACCCAAACCCAACCCACAGAGCCAGGAAAGAAGCACACGAUUCCAGCUGGCAGGCCUCCAGCAGGGAUUCAGGGGGAGGAAAACCUGCACCCUGGACCUCACCCUGAAUCUAUACCAGAGCCAGGUAAGACCAUACCUGUUGCAGAGACACCCGGUGCCCAGCAGCAGCCGGUCACAUACAUCCAGCUGGAACCAGGAUUUGCUGGAGUAUCUUCUCCCCAUCAUGGAAAUCAAGGUAAUCCAUGUGGACAGGAGUCUUUGUCUUCUACAUCUGCUGCUCUUCCUUCCUCUGCCCACUUCUCCUUCUCUGGAGACCCCACAUCCCUCGUCCACCUCUACUCUGACAUCCUGCCUCAUGACAAACCACAGAGAGGAUCAGGAAGGAUGAUGAACACACAGGUUCCCGCGGGGCCAACGUCAUCCACCCUGAUGACAUCACAGCUGUUUUCUGCUGCACCCUGCUCCACACCUGCACAGAGCAGCGUGGACCAGCGUGAUGGACUCCAGAUCCAGGCUGUCUGUCCGGGUUCACCAUCAGAGCUGCAGAGGAAGCUGUCAGUCAUGUCUGUAGCUCAGGAUGGAGUCUUGUCCCUCAGCCGGGGUCAGCUGGAGGUCAAAGAGGAGAGGGAUGAGGGCGAAGCUUCUGGAGGUGGUGUGGUGAAGAGGGAUGAGGAACGUCCUGAGCGAUCGUCUUCUUUAUCUCCUCUGCAUGAAGGAGGAGACACAGGAAAAGAACUGCUCAGACACCUUCUGAAGGACAAGACCUCCCGAGGAACUACACCAUCUCCCUCCAGACAGGCCCCGCCCACCUGCCGUCAGCUGUCAACUGACAGCGUCCAGUCUGAAGACGAGGAGGAUCCUGGUUCCCAUGGAAAUGUGGUGACGGUCCACGGUCCAGGUGACAGGAAGAAGCCCCAGCGCUGGAGGAGACUCACCUCUCCUGACAGAGACAGAGGAGCUGCCAAGACCCAAGAGGAGGAAGAAGGAGGAGGAGCAGUGAGGAAGGAGGAAGCUCCACUCUGGCUGACCCGUGUGGUCAUCUCUCUGUUUCUCCUUGUGCAUGUUGAGGUAGGUGUGGUCAUCUCUCUUUUUGUCAUGCAUGUUGAGGUAGGUGUGGUCAUCUCUCGUUUUCUCCUUGUGCAUGUUGAGGUAGGUGUGGUCAUCUCUCGUUUUCCUUUGCAUGUUGAGGUAGGUGUGGUCAUCUCUCGUUUUCUCCUUGUGCAUGUUGAGGUAGGUGUGGUCAUCUCUCUUUUUCUCUUUGUGCAUGUUGAGCUGGAUGGUGAUUGGUUAUUGAUUAUGGGUUCUUUGACUGUAUUCCCUCAGCUGUCUGUGCUGCCCCUAAUGGAGCCAGUGUUGGGGGUGGAUCUGACUCUGUUCACCCCAUACGGCAGCUCCUCCCUGUGCAACGACUCCCGACUGAUGGGAUCCUUUGGUAAUGCCUGCCUAGGCGGAGUCACCGACUACUACUCCCAGCUCAUAUACAAGCAGAAUGACCUCAGCACCCCCCCACACCACAGCCUCCCUGCCCCCACUCCCCCUCCUGUCACCAGACAGAAACUGGUCAACGGCUUCACCGCAGCGGACGAGCUGACCAGGACUGGACAGCAGCGAGCCAGGUGUUUGAAGGAGAAAGUGGAGGAGCUUCUGCCUCCUGACACCUCUGAGAUGGUCGAUGUCCCCGCCUCCCUGCCGACUCCGCCCCACACCAUCCAGGGAGAGCUGAGGUGGUUUAUUUGGUCCCGGGAGUCUUCGGAUCCCCACACCCUGGACAGCUAUGUCCCGUCCUCGUCUCCUGAGACGUGUCUGAUAUGGAGCGUCAGCAGGUUCCCGGACCUCUCUUUCAUCAAGUGGAACCGCUGUCCCCCUGCCCCAUCACCGCCGUUACCCAUCAUGCCCUGCGCAUGGGGCAAAGGUGGCCCACCAAUUGUUCUGCAGUGGAAACAGGAGGUGAAGGCGGAGCCUAGCCAGCAGGGACCGCCCACCUGCUCCAACAACAACCUGGUUACUGUAGCGAUCACCUUGAACCCAGCUGCUGCUGAGAAUGUUCUGGGUGUGAUGGCGGCAUUGGCUAAGCUGUUACGUGUCCCUUUUCCUGUCAGCUACCGGCUGAGUCCACCUGGUGGACGGCCUCAGAGAGCUCCAGCAGAGGGCGGUGUGCAGCAGACGCCUCCAGCAGCUGCUAACUCAGCCAUCAAGAUGGAUUCCAUCCAACAUGGAAGCUCUGCAGCUUCUGCCAGACCGCAGUGGUGCAGCUACUGCAAGGUGCUCCUGGGAAAUGGUCUUCAGACAGUGACGGAUCUCAAACAGGAGGUUCAGUCAGAACCAGGAUCCAGUCCAAGGUUCUGCAGUUCAGACUGCUGCCAUCACUACAACCAAACACCUGGAGGCAAAGUCAGGAACUCCACCUGCCAGUCUUCAGGUCCGGCCCUUCCUGGGCAGUCGGUUGUAGUUUCUUUGCCUGCCAGCAGAGUGUACUACAUCAACAACACGUGCUCCAUCACCGUCCACUCACUCCCUCAUUGUCCCGCCUCCCAUCAGUCAGCAGUAACCUCUUCACCUCCCCUCACCUUCCCCCCUGCCUCAGCUGUCACCAUGGAGACCAGGCCCAGGGCAGAUGGCCUGAAGAUGAAGUUGAAAUUAAAGCCCCACCCCCACACUUUCCCGGGAGAGGACACCCUGUCGUGUCACGGAAAGAGGAUGAAGAUGUCCCGCUGGAGACGUUGGAGUGUCGACAUCGCGUCGACCAGGGGUCCAUUCAUACCCAGCGAGGCAGUCGCCAUGCCAACAGAGCAGGAAGUGGAUGUGUUGUUAAAGAAAUUAGGGGUGUGUCUUCACCCAGACCCGUUACCGAAGGAUCAGCGGCGGUGCUGCUUCUGUCACCAGCAGGGUGACGGACAGACGGAUGGACCAGCCAGACUGCUGAACCUGGAUCUGGACCUUUGGGUCCACCUGAACUGUGCCCUGUGGUCCAGUGAGGUCUAUGAGACUCAAGCCGGGGCGCUCAUCAAUGUUGAGUUGGCGUUGCGUCGAGGUUUGACAUUGCGCUGUGCUCACUGCCAGCAGACGGGAGCCACCAGCGGGUGUAACAGCUUACGCUGCACCAACACUUACCACUUCACCUGCGCCCUGAAGGCUCGCUGCACAUUCUUCAAGGAUAAGACGAUGCUUUGCCACUUCCACAAACCCAGGGUUCUUCCUUUCAGUGGGGACAAAUCUUCUAACACCUCCCCCUCCUCCACACCCGGGUCGACACCGGAUACGGCGGUGGCGGUCUCUGACCCGUACGACUCUGAGCUGCAGAACUUUGCUGUGUUUCGGCGAGUUUAUGUUCAGCGGGAUGAGGCCCGGCAGAUUGCCGCUGUGGUUCAGCGGGGCGAGCGGCAGCACACUUUUCGAGUUGGCAGCCUCCUCUUCCGUGCUGUUGGCAGGCUCCUCCCACAACAAAUGGAUGCCUUCCACAAUGAAACUGCUAUCUUUCCCGUUGGUUACCACGCCAUCCGCAUCUACUGGAGCCUACGCAGCAGCAACAGGUAGAGUGCCACUGCAUCAGUCUAGUAGAAUGUUCUUCUGGAUGCCAUUGAUGAUGCAGCAGUA